UGGGACUCAAACCGCUGUUGACUAUGUGGGAGUCCAAUGACGUAACCAUUAUGCCAUCUGCUGGUCCAAAGUCUUGUUAUAGUCAUCCUACCAUUCAUCCCCACAGACGGGCUUCCACUCAGAAGCUGCAGGUUUUGCUCACAGACCCUCCUGCGAGAGCACAGCCUCCGUCAGGCCCGAGCUGUUGGGGCCGCGGUCGGUCCUGGAUCAUGGCUGAAUCGAAAAACACAUGUUUCUGGAAAACGUCAAUAAUGAUCGGACCGUGCGAAGCACCAGAAUGACACCCUUCUUUGUCUCAUGUUCAGCUCGACGGCGUCAGGAUCCACGUCGUCUUGGGGCUCAGCGAGCUUUAGCUCAUCUAUGGCCACAUGGUCACGGCAUGUCCCAGUGUCUGCCGACCUCUGUCCCCAAGCCUCCCAGUCUCCUUGGCUCCCUGUCACUCCCCUGGGUAGAGCGCUCUGGAGGCCAGAAGGAAGGAGGGAAGGGACAUCACAAAAAGUGGCAGAAAAGGGCUUUCUGGUCCCUCACGGCUGGUGCAGGCCCCCUGUGGCUGGAAGCUCUGAGUCCUAUGACCUAAAACUCCUGGGCGACACCAUCCACGUUCGGCUCAGAGCGUCCCGGCCCCUGCUAACGUGCCUCUCCGUGAGGCUGGGCACUGACCCGUCACAGGGCCUACCUUGUGUGCUCAGUCUCAACUCCACGUGCAUCAGGGUGAGGGAGGGCUCCCUGCAGGCAUGCCGAGUCUCUGCCUGGGCCAGUCCUGAGCUGGACCCAGUGGGUGACCCAGGGAGGAAGGUCACAGUCUGAGGGCCUUCAGGCCACGCUGAGGGCACACCCCCAGGACUAGGAACCGUGAGGGCACUCUGAGGCCAUCGUGCCAACCGGACUCCAGGUCUAGAGCUGGGGGUUCACAGACAGGGCUGCCCAAAGGCCUUGCGUAGACACCCCCGGAGGAGAAGCAGGCCAGCAUCUGUCCCCCAGGGCUUCUCACCCUGACCACAGAAACCAGGGAAUAGAACCCAGAGGAGUCGAACAAGGAAGCAGCCGGCAGAGAGAAAAGCAGAAGUGAGAGCCUUGGAGGCCCGACCCUCCCUGGGCAAGGCUGAAACCUCAGGUCUGGCGGGGCCUGGCGCCACCGCGGCGUCCACUGUACUGGAGAGAUGUCCCCACGGGCCUGGGCCUCCUGGCUGCCCUCAGCUCUGCUGCUGCUCUGGGUCCCAGGCUGUUUCUCCCUGAGCGGCCCCAGCACUGCGAGGGGCACCGUGGGCGGGUCCCUGAGCCUGCAGUUUCGGUACCAGCGGGAAUUCCAGGCAGAUAGCAAGUACUGGUGCAGAAAGUCACUUACGCCGCUUCGCCUGCUCUGUGACAAGAUCGUGGAGACCCGGUACAGAGCUGGAGUGCGGAGAGCCCGAGUGUCCAUCAGGGACCAUCCUGCCAGCCUCACCUUCACAGUGACCUUGGAGAACCUCACAGAGAAGGACGCAGGCACCUACUGGUCUGCGAUUGACCAGCCCUGGGACCUGGACACCCACGUGCAGGUUGUGGUGUCUGUGUACCCCGCAACAACGUUGACGACACCGACAAGAGUCACUGUGGGCAAGACCUCGACAGCCGCGACCAAAGCUCCCACUGUGCCAUACACUACCCAGGCAGCAGAGAGUGCCAGCCACAGUGUGGGCAGCCAGGAGGGCGACCCUCAAGGCCAGAGCCCAGGCCCCAGUCUCUUGCUGCUGCUCUCCCUGCUGCUGCUGCUGCUGCUGCUACUGGCUGGGGCCUCGCUGCUGGCCUGGAGGAUGUUUCGGAGGCAGGCCAAAGCUGGGGAGUAUGCCGGGCCAGUCCAGAACCCCAGACAGGCUGUGGAGCAGAGCGAGCCCCACUACGCGAACCUGGAACUGCAGCCGUGGCCCCUGCGGGAGGAGCCAGCCCCGCCGUGGCAGGGGGGGGGGGGGGGGGGGGGGGAGCCAGCCCCGCCGUGGCAGGCGGAGGUGGAGGUGGAGUACAGCACAGUGGCAGCCCCCAGGGAAGAGCCUCAGUACGCCUCCAUGGUCUUUGACGUCCAGAGCCAGGAUUCUAGCACCAGCAGGAGUCUCUCCCAGAGGCCCCUGGGGGAGGAACCAGAGUACAGCGUGGUAAAGAAGAGAUAGGCCUCAACCUGGCCUCCCACAGGAGCCUGGGGACAGCCCCUCCCCACAGCCUCUCAGCCUGUCCUCCACCAUGGCCACUGAAAGGCAGCUGGCCCCAGGGGGCCCUUCUGAGGUCCAGCAGGGACAGGGCUCCAUCCCGCUGGUUCUUGUCUUUCCUCUUGACUCGAUGUCUUCCUGGCUCUGUGUGUGGAGGUUGGAAUCCCAAGUCCCCUGUGGUCACAUAGGCCGGCACCAUGGAUAGCUUCAUAAAACCCGGCUCCCUGGAAAGCUCCGGGCUUCCUUUAUCUGGUGGCAAUGACCUCCCCACGAGCACAUGCCUCUCGCAAAGGACCUCCUUCACCCCUCUCCAGAGGAGAAGAGGAAACACAAGAAGCAGCGCCUGGUGCAGAGCCCGAAUUCCUACUUCAUGGAUGCGAAGUGCCCGGGAUGCUAUAAAAGCACCACAGUCUUGGGACCAGCAGUUGGAGUAAUGGCUAUGUCGCUGGGCUCCCAUGUAGUCGACAGCAGUUCGAGUCCCGGACCUGGUGGCUUAAACUCGCGCCAGGCGCGUGUGCGUGCAUGCCCAAGA